ACCUAAAGUUCUCUGCUUCCAUUAUUAUAGACACAAAGACAGAGAAGAAAACUGAAAGAGAGAGAGAGAAAGAAUGGAAAAAGCACGUACAAUUGGGUUGGGAAUGGAUUACUCUCCAACCAGCAAAGCAGCCCUUCGAUGGGUAAUUGAUAAUCUGGUGCAGGGUGAUCAAGAUCGACUCAUCUUGAUUCAUGUUCGAUCUUCCAAGUCUGAUCAUGACCAGAAGAAGCUUUGGGGAGACUCUGGAUCACCUUUAAUUCCUCUAGAAGAACUUAAAGAGACAACCGUAUCAAGACAGUACGGGCUCAACCCAGAUUCAGAAGUUCUUGAUCUUCUAGAUACUGUCUCGAGGACAAAAGGGGCUAAGGUGAUGUGUAAGGUGUACUGGGGUGAUCCAAGGGAGAAGAUAUGUGAUGCUGUGGAAGAACUCAAGCUUGAUUCCCUUGUGGUUGGUAGUAGGGGCUUAGGAGCCCUUAAAAGGGUUUUGCUUGGGAGUGUGAGCAAUUACGCGGUGUUGAAUGCUACUUGUCCGGUCACGGUUAUAAAGGGAACACCAGUUUUGAAGCCCUAAUUUUUUUUUUCCUUCUCU